AUGAGUCAGAUGAUCGCCAGUAUACCUUUUAUGGUCAAUAUCAUGUCCACAGAGACUUAUGGGUCUCAAGAGUUUUCAACCACUUUCGCUGGGGACGGCUGCUGCAUGAGAUGGCCCAUGGCAGAUGACUUUUUUCAACGACAGCAAGCAUUGCAUUGGACACGAUUUCUUGCUCGGCAAUUGGCAUCUGCGCCGGAACUGCAUGUGCCACCACUCAACGGUAUAUUCAUGCUGCUUUUCCCGUUGUCUGUCGCUGGCGGUACAGCUGGGGUACCGGAUGAAGUUCAUGAAUGGGUAAUUAGCACUCUAGAGCGAAUAGGGCGUACCAUGGGGAUCCAGCGAGCCAUUGAAAUGAUACCACAGCUAAAGAAGACCCAUGGGGCAAUGGAAAAUAGACCAGGAGCGGUGGCAACGGAGAUAUAUUUCACAUGA